AUGGACGCGCUGCACAGCUCCGACCCCCUCCUCCCCGCCAUCAUCGCCGUCCUCGUUGCCGCCGCGCUCGCGCUCCUCCUCCUCCCCGUAGUCGUCGGCGGCGGCACCGGCAUCCUCGGCCUCCUGCGCGGACGUGCCCGCAAUCUUCCGCCUGUGCCGCCCGGCCUGCUCGACCCGCACUCGCACACGCACACGCCGUCCGCCGUCUCACCGGCGCUCACCCCUACUGCUGCUACGACCGACAGCGGCAACAAUAAACUGGUCAAAGCGCUCGAGGCGCUGACCGCGCAGCUGGCGCGCCAGGCUGAGGACAGGGAGCGCGUCACUGGCGCGCUGGAAAGGGUGGUCGGCGUGCUGGAGGCGCAGGUUCUGGCGCUCGCGCAGGCGCAGACGCAGCAGCCGUUAGGCGUGGGUGUGGGACAGGCGCAGGCACUGGCUCAGCAGCAGCAGCAGCAGCAGCCGCCGCUGUCACCGUUCCCGGCUGGGAUAGGCGCUGGGAUGGGCGGCCCGGCCAAUGGCUUCCUGCCGCGCAGGCAGGGCACCCCGUCGCAUGUCCCGUCUACGGCGGCGGAUGAUGCGGAUUUGUAUCGCAGGAAGGUGGAGGCGAUGGAGGGGUUGGCGAGGGUGUUGCGGGAGGGGCAGGGCGUCGCUGUUGAGUGGAGUGGGAGGCGGGAGGGGCGGGAUAGGGAUAGGGAUAGGGAGAGGGAUAGGGAUAGGGAUAGGGAGAGGGAUAGGGAUAGGGAGAGGGAGAGGGGGGAUGAUGGGAGGGGAGAGAUGCUGGGGGAUGCGCUGUUGUUGUAG